UUGACUUAAAUUACAAAUAAAAAUUAUUAAAUAUUUUAUUUUCCUAAAUAAAAAUAAGAGUCUUUGAAUCUGUGCAUCAUUUACAAGAAACGUCUCAAGCGACCAAGACUAGAGACCGUGAAAAUUUGAAGAAAAGAAAUACGUAAGACUAGGCAGUAUGGUCGUAAGACUAUAGCCUGUCCUCUAAGGACGAAUUAUAAAAAAAAAAAAAACUAGAGACCGUGACAUCACGAUGUAUUAUAAUAUGUAAUGUCUUGUCCGUUAGUCUUGUAAUUCCAAAAAAGAUUUUGGCGCGUUUCAUUCUCAGGUUUCAUUAAUAUUUAUUUGAUUAUUUCGUGUCCAAAGUGCACUUUAGCGAAAAAAAAAGCAUGGAAAUUGGUUUUAUUAAAGCUGACAGUGCAAAUUUGCCAAAAAUGUUUUUUAUGAUCACAAAUUUCUUUGCCUCAAAUUCGGACUUUUGUUCUGCCGAAUUUAGGAACGUGAAAACUUUAUUAUUAUCAAGACAGUCGUAUGGUGAUUAUGCCGUUGGGUACGUCCAAUUGAAGCGUGACGCGACUUUAUGCACUGUAAAAUGUAAAAUAUGCCCUGAGCACAAAAUCCGUUGUCCAUCAUAUUCUGUCAGUUUGGUAGUAGAAGUAAAAGAGGGCAUAGUUAUAAGUGUCCAGUGCCAUAAUUGCCCUGCUUCACAAGGAGGAUGUAAACACGCGGUAGCUUUCCUUAUGUGGGCACAUCGGAGGAGUGAGGAACCACCAUGUACAUCAAUUGAAUGUUAUUGGAAGAAAUCAAAGUUUGCAAAAUGCACAACAGUUAAAGAAAUGAAGGGAAAUUCUUCUUCAACAUGUAAAGAGUUUGGUGAUGUAGUUUUAAAUGAUUUUUUGGUGGAAAGCAAAAGAAGUAAUUUAUGUACUACUCAAAUCCUAAAAUAUCAAGCUGAUUACAAAGUUCCUGACAUUCUGUUCUCGAUGCAUUAUUUAAGCAUCAAGCAUAAGAAAGGAAGUGACUGUGAAACAUUUUUAGCCGAAAUUAAUGAUGUUUUUUCACAAGAAAUUAUAAAUUUUGUGGAAAGUCUGACUCAAGCACAACAUAAAAUUCAAGCAUGGCAUGAGUUAAGGUAUGCCAGAAUAACAGCAUCAAAAGCAUUCAAUGUUUCAUGAUGCAAAACAACUGAUGGAUCCUUGGUUGCCUUAAUAAUGGGAGUUAAAGUACCAGAUACUCCAGCCAUGAAAAGAGGAAGAUCAUUGGAAGAAGUAGUAACAAAGGAGUUGGAAAAAAAAUAUGGCAAGAUUGCAAAAUGUGGUUUAAUUAUCAGCCAAAAAUUCUCAAUGGUAGCUGCAUCACCAGAUGGUAUUUCAAAAGGGUGACACAGUUAUUGAAAUUAAAUGUCCAACGAGCCAAAAAAGUUUUAUAUCUCUUAUAUGUAACAAAACAAUCACAGAAAUGUUUGCAGUCAAGUUCUUUUGCAAAUGUAUGUGAGUAAUUUAAAGAAAGGUUUAUUUUGGAAAAUAAAAUGUUUUCUUUUAAA